AUGAAAAAGAAUAACAAUACAGUAUUCUUCACUCUUCCUAUCAAAGGAGGUUGUAUGUAUGAUAAUCCAAAUUCAUUUCCCGAUUUGCAAAUCAAGAUUAUUGUAAACAAGCUAAUCAAUACCAAGAAUGAAUGUUUUAUGGAAAUCAAAGCUCACAGAUGUUUCAUUGCAAAUUCAAGUGAAGUUCUGAGAGGUCUUUUUGAACAACAAGAUAAUCAACACAUCCUAAAACUAAUUUGCUCAACCGAAUUUGAAGCCAUGCAUUGUGAAAAAGCUAUCAAAUCCAUUUACACCUCCAUUACAAUUGAAACCGAUGAAUUUUCAUCAAUGUACGAUAUGUAUUCCAAGCUUGGAAUGAAAUCUCACUUUGAACAUUUGAAACAAUUGUGGACUUUACAAUGUCAGAAUUCAUUUCCAGUUGCAAUUCACACAUUAAGAAAGUUCGGGGAGAAAAAUCCAGAAAACCACAUGGAUAAUUACAUUGCCCAAUUAGUUUUGAUUUGUAUAGAUAAGCUAAUCACUGAUCAAGAAAGGGCAAUUCCUCUGCAUCAAUUAUGGCUUUCAAAAUUCAUUGAAAAUCAAACAACUGCCACAAAUCCAGAAAGAAUAAUUUCCUUGAUCGAUUCUUCAUUGAGUGAAAAGUACACAACUAACGAGCAGGCAGAAAAACUCAUCAGAUGUUUGUUUUUAAAACUUGAUUCCAAAAUGACUCAGCAACAAUUCUUCAAUUUGAUUAGUCAAUUGAGUUGUUCAAAUAGUAUUUACUUAUCUUUCAAUGUUCUCCCUCAAACUUUCAAAUUGGAAAUGGUCAGUACAAUGCUACAUGUUAUCAAGUUCUCUUCCUUUAUCUCUACAAUUCCAACUUCUUUAUUUCUUCAACAGAAUCCAAGAAUCACAUUUCAAACAAAUUCAAAUUCACCUUCUUCAUAUAAAUUGUCUAUCAACGAAAGGGAAUUAGAAGAAUUACAAAAUUUGUAUUUGUCUCCUUCAACUGAUGAAGAUUUUUAA